UCCACUCCACUCUGUACAUUUCUCUCUCUGUCUGUCAGUCACGUCCAAGGUCAUCAUGGACAUUCUCCUGUCUUGGGACCGAGUGUCUAUUGUCAUCAUGCUGUUCUUUGUCUGUACAGAGUCAGCAGGUGACUCAACAAAAUAUCUGAAAAACAAAUCAGCUUCUUUGGGAGAAAUUGUUACUUUGGUUUGCAAUAACUCAGAGACAAAUGCAUCAUACAUCUGGAAGAAGGACACAGUUCUUAUUUUCUCUCAUAGUGGCACAAAGAAUAAAUCUGAAAGAAAAUUCCCCUCUGACAGGAUGAGUGUUGAUCCACCUACAAAGCUGACUAUCUUUAAUGUAGAGUUAAAUGACACCGGGAGCUACAGCUGUCAAAUAACAGAUGAUCAAAUUGGUGUACGGACAAUGGAGUGGAAUUUGACCAUCACUAAUAACCUCACAGAUCAUGCUGAAUAUAACCUACGGAGGUUAUUGCUCUUCACAAUUCCAUCUGCUAUUGGAGGAGUGGUUCUCUGCAUUAACAUCUGUUGUAUGGUCUGGCUGUGUAGGAAACGAAUUCCGGAACAGACAAGUCAUUGUGAUAGGCACGGAGAGGUGCAGCAGGAAUGCAAUGAAGAUAUGAUUUAUGAAAACUGUCUAGCUACAGAUGCUGUCAACAUGGACCCACAACACUGAGAGAAAAUGAGGCAGAUUAAACAGGAGGAGAACAGAGAACGUGACUGAGGGGUGGAGGUGUGGGUGAGAAAAUGUAUAGCAUUUCUAUUUCAGACAUUGACCAACUGAUAACAACAGUGCUGAGGUGAUGGAAAUAAUGUAUAUGGACAUAAUUUGUACCAGAGCAUGAGAGACAGAUGCGUCUCUGUACUAUAUAGUCAAAAGGUGGUGCUCAGGGGUUUAGGACUGGUUAGACUGUUGUGGGCUAGGAUUUGCAUAGAAGAUGGAAAGCUAAGCCUUGUUUACAGAAAAAUUAAAUUAUUUUUAUCUAUGGACCAAAUGCAAUGUAUCUCAGAAAGUCACACGUUGUUUCUAGAUAGCAGUGGCCUCCCUGCAUUAUGUUUCUAUUCAGAAGACUAUUCAAAUAAUGCAUCCACCCAGUUAAUGUGUCCAGGCCCUGAAAUAGACAUAAAGCAAUAAGAAGGCCUGGUAGUUGGGUGUAAGGAACUACAUUGACAUAUUAACAGCAACAACAACAAAAAAUGAAAAUAAUGUCUAUUAUGAAUAACAACAUGAGUGAAGAACAACUACAUUAAUGUGUACACAUAUAGAGAAAUAUGCUCACUGCAGAAUGACAACUUAAGGCCACUGGUCACACCAUGAUGGGAGAAAGAUGAAGUGGUAUAGAGAGGCCUGGGAAAGAGUUGGUGCAGGUGUCAAACUGUUAAAUAAACGUUAUUUGUGAAUACAUGUGCGAAUAGAAAAUUGUAACAUUUCCUGCACAAAACAAAUUGUUGUCAUCAUUUACAUUAAUCACAGCAGUACAGCUGCUCUUGCAUUGUCUCUCCAUUGUGUACUAAGAAAGUAGUGAGCAGAGGGACACAGUUCAUUGUUUCACCAUUGUCUCUCCAUUGUGUACUAAGAAAGUAGUGAGCAGAGGGACACAGUUCAUUGUUUCACCAUUGUCUCUCCAUUGUGUACUAAGAAAGUAGUGAGCAGAGGGACACAGUUCAUUGUUUCACCAUUGUCUCUCCAUUGUGUACUAAGAAAGUAGUGAGCAGAGGGACACAGUUCAUUGUUUCACCAUUGUCUCUCCAUUGUGUACUAAGAAAGUAGUGAGCAGAGGGACACAGUUCAUUGUUUCACCAUUGUCUCUCCAUUGUGUACUAAGAAAGUAGUGAGCAGAGGGACACAGUUCAUUGUUUCACCAUUGUCUCUCCAUUGUGUACUAAGAAAGUAGUGAGCAGAGGGACACAGUUCAUUGUUUCACCAUUGUCUCUCCAUUGUGUACUAAGAAAGUAGUGAGCAGAGGGACACAGUUCAUUGUUUCACCAUUGUCUCUCCAUUGUGUACUAAGAAAGUAGUGAGCAGAGGGACACAGUUCAUUGUUUCACCAUUGUCUCUCCAUUGUGUACUAAGAAAGUAGUGAGCAGAGGGACACAGUUCAUUGUUUCACCAUUGUCUCUCCAUUGUGUACUAAGAAAGUAGUGAGCAGAGGGACACAGUUCAUUGUUUCACCAUUGUCUCUCCAUUGUGUACUAAGAAAGUAGUGAGCAGAGGGACACAGUUCAUUGUUUCACCAUUGUCUCUCCAUUGUGUACUAAGAAAGUAGUGAGCAGAGGGACACAGUUCAUUGUUUCACCAUUGUCUCUCCAUUGUGUACUAAGAAAGUAGUGAGCAGAGGGACACAGUUCAUUGUUUCACCAUUGUCUCUCCAUUGUGUACUAAGAAAGUAGUGAGCAGAGGGACACAGUUCAUUGUUUCACCAUUGUCUCUCCAUUGUGUACUAAGAAAGUAGUGAGCAGAGGGACACAGUUCAUUGUUUCACCAUUGUCUCUCCAUUGUGUACUAAGAAAGUAGUGAGCAGAGGGACACAGUUCAUUGUUUCACAGCAAUAAAGCCAUGUGAGGUUGCGGCACCACCAUAAUCUACUGUGCCAUUUCCAUAGGGAUCAUGUCAAGGGCCUUUCCAUCACAGCCACUACUCCAUAUUAGGUUGCAUAUUAGGGUCAAUUCUCUGAGUAACAGCAUAUUAAUCCAGUUAGGAACCUGGCCGGAGGCUUAGCAUUCAGUUCAGAAUCUGGUGUUGAGGGCGAAGGCUUAGCUACUCGCAUUCAGUUCAGAAUCUGGUGUAGAUGGCGGAGGCUUAGCUACUAGCAUUCAGUUCAGAAUAUGGUGUAGAGGGCGGAGGCUGAGCUACUAGCAUUCAGUUCAGAAUCUGGUGUUGAGUGUGGAGGCUUGUAAACAGGGACUUCUCUGAGAGAAAGAAGACCGCUUCAAUGUGUGUUCUCUGAUAUCUCUUUCUUGUGAUAGAGAACUAGCAAAAUAACUAUCACCCCUCUGUCACUAGUUACAUAUCCCAGAGGGAACCCCCCCCCCCCAACCAUCUCUGGGGAACAGAGUCAUGUGAGGAAGUCACAUGUUUUUGCUGCGUCUGCACUGUACUGUUGAAUUCUAUGUGGUUUGUAUUGUAUUUACUGGUGUAUUAUUUAAUAUUUUUCUUGAACAGGUCUCCCUUUUCUGGUCUCAAUGGGACUUCCUGGUUGAAUAAAAAUAUGAUAAAAAUAGCAAUUCUUUCCAUUCUGCACACGACACAGCUUUGCUUUAUCUUGGCCAGGUCGCAGUUGUAAAUGAGAACUUGUUCUCAACUGGCCUACCUGGUUAAAUAAAGGUGAACUGUUAUUUAUUUAUUUAUAUUUAAACUAGUGAUUGGCCAUGAUUAAACUCCUGGGAUAUAGUCCCCCAAAAAAUAUAAUAUGAACUUGAACCAACUCAAUAUAUGAUAAUGCCAAUUCAUUUUUUUGACAAAGCUAAAUUCUGUUCAUAAUAUUACAGUAGUUGACAUUACCACGGAAACUGUCCGUAUUUGCACCGAUACCAUACUAGUGCAGAAGCAGCAGACAUAGAAUGACAAUGAGUAGAACCCAACAGGCAGCAGAGGUCUCUGUGAGGAGAGAGGAGAUACAGUUAAUAUAAGAAACAGUCUGUAUUUAUAAUUACAUGUAAUCAUGUUGCCCAAGCAACCAUCAUGGCUUUGAUGCAAACACUUUCCUGCAGAAAGCAAAGAGAUAGUAGUAGGUGAUAAGAAGUGUAUGUUUGAAGUAAGAGAAGAGUAUAUCAUGACAAUCUUAGUUAGUGGUUAUACCCUCCUGUAGAGUGGGGAAUUAGGACAUAAGUCUAAUACUAACACAUGCAGUGAAAGAUAAGUGAGCACCUGGCUCAGCUUUGUUAUCCAUGCUACAUCACAUUUCUCAUAACCUGAUAUACAAUGCUGCUUGAAAGUAUGUGAACCCUACAGGGCUGGUAAUUAUUCUGCUAUAAAAUAUAAAAAUAAAUA